CGGAAUGAUUCCUCCGGCGCGGCAUAAUCCGGCUGCCUUUCCUUCUCCUCCUCCUCGGUGAGGUCGCGCCGGCCGGCUGCCUCCCCCAUUCCCAUCACCUCCCACCACCCCGCGCCAAUGCCGCCCCACAGCGCAGCGCGCCAUGGCCACCGAGACCCCGACCGCCUCCCCCACCGCCUCCCCCACCGCCCGCACCCUCUCCGCGGCAUUCGCCGACGACCGCCGCCGCGAGGCCGUGCCCGCCGGGCUCGUCAAGCUCAUGCUCCACCGCUGGGGCGCCGCCUGCCUCCCCAAGAGCAGGGCCGCUCUCAGCGCCCGCGCCCGCGCCGCCACCCCGCCCCCGCAGACGCAGACCCGACCGUCGUCCGCGUCGACGCCCCCGGCGGCGCAGGUGCCGGCACGCCAGGGCCACGCGGGCGCGGCGAAUGUCUCCGCGAGGAGAUCUUGUCACUGCUCCUGCAUCCAGGUGAUCGAACACGGCUGCAACCAUUUCAUAUUCGAAGGCGGACAGGCGGUCGGGAAGAGAAGCAUGGUGCUGGCCCUUCUAAGGGAAGCUUUUGGUCCUGAUAAUCUGCAGGUACAGGAACACUCAAAGAGAAUCCAACUCAAGGGAGAAAUUGCCAGACACAUUGAUGUGAAACUCAAGAUUUCAGGUCAUCAUGUGGAGGUUAACUUGGCCGAUCUGCAUGGCUAUGAGAAUCAUGUCAUAACUACUUUGGUGAAUGAAUCAAUCCGGCCACCACACUCGAUCUGCGAUCAUACUAACUGCAAAGUGAUUGUGGUCCACGACGCUGAUAGGCUUUCCUCCGAUGUUCAACAUUACAUCGGUUGUUUUUUGGGAAGGUAUGCAGGUUGCAACAAAAUCAUCUUCUGCUGCUCCGAUUCCUCAAACCUCGAGGCUGUCAAACAUCUAUGCAAGGUCGUCAUGCUUCAGCCACCUUCAUUUGAUGAGAUGAUCAAGGUUCUGGAGUUCAUUGCUAUGAAAGAAGGCGUAGAUUUGCCUCGCGGAAUUGCCAGCAGAAUUGCAGUGAGAGCAGGCAACAAUCUCCGACAGGCAAUACGUUCUUUUGAAGCUACAUGGAGAGCAAAAUAUCCGUUCGUAGAAGAUCGACCUAUUCUGACGGGAUGGGAGGAAGAAAUAUAUAAUGUGGCCAAGAAAAUCAUGGAGGAGCCAAGUCCAAAGCAGCUGUAUCUCAUUCGAGGGAAGAUCAGAAAAAUGAUUGAGCAUAACGUGUCACCUUAUUUCAUUUUCCGCCACCUGGUUACUGAGCUGAAAAGGGACAGGGAUAAAGAUUUUCAGAACAGUGUCGAUGAACUGGCAUCGGAGUUCAACCAUAAAGAGCAAGUCAAAGAAUACAGGUCUCGGGACACAACCUUGGACAUCAGUAUAGAACGUUUUGCCGUGGAAGGCCGUGACCAAGGGGAAGCCAUCCAAUACUUCAUAAAGAUUGAAGAAUUCACCGCGAGGUUUAUGAGCUUCAGCAGAUCUUUCAUGACGAAGAACUCGAGUAAAGGGGAUAUUCUAUGAAGGGGGUGAUCCACUCGCUCCAUCGAAAGCAUCUCCAAGUAUUGUCGCACUUUAGGUAAAUAAGCAGUGGCCUCUGCCUGCCUCUGAACCAGAGCACCUUAUAUGUUGCUCCGCGUGUAAGAUGAAGAUAGACCCGUGUGAUCCGUGCUGUGCGGGCGAAUAUACGAUCACACACAGAACUUGGCAUAUGUGUGGAGUGGAUUGUGAUGGGCUCCAAAUUGUAAAAAUAUCAACUUCAUAUUUGAUAGUAUAUCAAUAUUAUCAUAUUAGUCUCAUAGAGUACGUA